UUUCUGUAUCUUGCUCCAAAGAUUAAACUCCAAUCCCUCAAAUCACCUUAUGUCAGACUUCAGACUCCCCCUGACUUAUAUGGUUUAAUAAUAAUUGACAGCUGUGCUGGCUUCUGACACCAUUUUUAUCAAGAGAAAAGUCAAUAUAUGAGUCCAAAAUCUAAUACUAGCCCAAUGGUCAUAACACUAGGUUAUCACAAUUUGUCUGAUGGCUUUAAUAGUCACUCAAUUUAUUUAAUAAUGUUAUUUAUUAUUUUCAGAGAUUCCAAUGCAUAGUUUCCCAGAUGCUGUGAAAUUCUUGAGCAGUUUAAAACUUGGGUCAGUCUUGUUUGUGGAAACCCUUAAACAUCUGAUCUUGAAUGUUAUAAGAAGAAGAGAAUUUGUGAAAUACACUUUUCUGACAGACACAGAAAUCAUAAUCAAUGGCUAAGCACAUUGGCAGUUCCGAUGCUUCAUCUGCUUGGACAACUACAGAGUCAAGUAAUCUUAGGACAAGCUUCAUCCACACAACAUUUACUGCCUACAAUAAUACAGCAAGACUGUUCAGAGCCAUAUGUGAGCAACUUUAUUUUAGAAAAAGCAUCAACUUCAACAACAUUCCAACCUGUGGCUGCAGAUCUAAUGGCUCCACAGCGCACAAAGAUCAAGCAUCUUCAAGCAGAAAUAUCGCGCUUGCGAAAAAAAGGACAAUCUUUCAAAGCAAGGUUAAAAGGUGGUGCAGAUCGAUCAAUCGAAUUUUGUCAGAAAAAUUAA